AUGAGACUCUUGUUGCCACUUUUGCUUUUUGUGGCGCUGGUGUGGCCAGGAGUCAGAGCAGAAUUCUAUUUUGAUAUGGAUGAGCUGAUCCGGUUGGGGAGUUUUGAUGAAAAUCAACCUGGUGAUGUCGAACCCAUGUCUAACCGGUCGUUGCUUUGGGGCCCUUACCGGUCUGCCCUUUACUUCGGAGUGAGACCACGUAUCCCACGGUCGUUGCUUUCGGGGUUAAUGUGGUAUAACAUUGAUGGUUAUGGUGGAGUGGGCAGUAUUAGGCACUUCUACGAGCAAGGUGACAAGAUGGGAAAAGCCAAUUGGAUUCGCUACGACCCGAGAUUUGGAGGAACUCAGGUGAUAGAGGACUUGGAGUGCCACAUAACUCUCCACAUUGACUUUGUAAAAAGUCUGGAUGGACUUUCGUGGGCUACUAAAGUGAGAGCUAUUCCUCACGAUGGGUUUGAGAAUGUCAAAACGGCUUUCGUAUGGUACUCCGGUCUUGAGGGAGAAACAGAUACAGCAGACCCAUUUGCGCCUUCAAGGAAUGGAGUAAUCAACUUGGAUACCCCUAAGAAUUCUAAAGGUUACACAGGAACAAUUACUCUUUCUGGAGGCUCCGAAGACCUAGGCUUGUUCGAGCUAUCGAUAAACGAUGGUCCUUCUACCAAUAAGCAUCCCAAGACUUCCAAGCUCGUGGACAAAGAAUUGAAUCCAAGAAAAACUCACCAUAUCAGCAUGAUAGUCCCAGACGAUAGCGUUUGGAUGGCUCGUGAUAUAUUCAUCACCAUGCUUCAGGAAUCCGUACAAGAACUUGUGGAACGUUUCGGCACUCUCGAUGGAAUUCCCCCCGAGCAGGCGUACGUAUUGAGGGAUAUGCACAAGUUUGAAGGCAAUCUUCAUCUCGUUCAAAAGAUGUACCAGGGAGCUUGUGAGUUCGAUGUUGUAUUCAAUAACGCUGAGACUCCAGAAGCAGAGAAAAUCACCUUUGAUAAUUUGAAGGAAAAAAUUGUUGAAAUGAGCUUUAAGGUGAACUCGAAAUUCGACAAGCAUUUCAAGUUGAAACCACCAUUUGACAAAGAUCAAGGCUACAAAGAAUUUGCCCAGGAAAUAGUUUCAGGCUUGCUUGGAGGCAUCACAUACAUGUACGGCGAUCACCUUGUUGAUCGUGAUACUGUUCUCGAAGAGGAUUCUUUUGAGAACCUCAAAUUGCAAGGCUCAUUAGAGGGACCACACGAGCUUUUUACCUUGGUUCCAUCUCGCCCUUUUUUCCCUCGAGGAUUUUUGUGGGACGAGGGUUUCCACGUACUACCAUUACUUGACUACGACUCGGAUCUUGUGUUGGAUAUUUUGCAGUCUUGGUUCAAAUUGAUCGACGAUGAAGGCUGGAUUGCAAGGGAACAAAUAUUAGGACCGGAAGCGAGAUCUCGGGUUCCCGAAGAAUUUCAGGUCCAGAGCCCUCAGAUAGUUAAUCCACCUACUCUUAUGUUGGCAUUUACUUAUUUGUUAUCCCACUUUGAUAGUGCUGGCGAUGUUAACGAGCCUCAAAAUGUGGACGGGUCAUUCUACUCUGAGCCGGGCCAAGUGAUAAUGAACCACCCGGAGUUACUUGCAUCUUACACUAAAGACAUCUACCCAAAAUUGAGAACCCACUUCCUUUGGUUCAGAAGAACCCAGCAAGGUUAUAUCGAGGAGUUUGAUCGUGGACAAAACCCUGAGGGCUACAGAUGGAGAGGACGUACUUUGACCCAUAGUUUAGCUAGUGGCUUGGACGACUAUCCUCGUGCUCUCCCAGCAGAUGUUGCUGAAUUGAACGUCGAUUUACUCUCUUGGGUGGGAGUAAUGACGAUGUCCAUGAUUCAAAUGGCUACAAUUUUGGACUUGGAAGAUGACCGGGCCGAGUACGAGAGGAUUUACAAAGAUAUCACGGAAAAUUUGGAUCAUCUUCACUGGUCUUCGGAGGAAAAAACCUAUUGCGAUGUCAGUCUCGACGAAGACGAAGAGAAUGUCAAAGUAUGCUACAAAGGUUAUAUUUCGUUGUUCCCAUUCAUAACGAAGAUGAUUCCACCAUCAGACACAGAAAAACUCUCGAGUAUUGUCGAUCUCAUAAAAGACCCAGAAGAACUCUGGUCAGAAUAUGGAAUCAGGUCUCUUUCGAAAUCCAGCGACCUUUAUCGCACCGGCGAAAAUUACUGGCGCUCGCCUAUAUGGAUGAAUAUCAACUACCUUGUUCUCGACGCUUUGAAGCAUUACCACAAGGCUUCAAAUGACGCCAAAUUAAGCGACACUCUUGCAGCCACUUAUAAGAAGCUUCGUGAGAACUUGGUUAGGAACGUUUACAAAGAAUGGAAAAGAACAGGUUUUGUGUGGGAACAGUACGAUGAUAUCUCAGGGACGGCACAGAGAGCGAAAAAUUUCUUGGGCUGGACCUCAUCUGUCGUUUUGAUGAUGACAAUGGACCAAGAACUCAUAUAG